AACCAAACCGCAUCUUAUUCACUAGAUAGACAAGGAAGAAAAGUGAACGUGCCUCUUCUGACGCUCUAUUGAAGGCGAAAAAGUGUGCAGUUUCACUUCAUCCAGGAACUUUUGUUGUGUGGUCGUCAUCACUUUCACACACAUGGCCAGAUCAGAUUAGACACACAAACACUCCUGGAUCAGGGGAGCAACUGUCGAGAGCAACAUCGAAAUCAUCUCUCUGUCUGCGGACCUAUACCCUUCAAAAUUGCACGUUUCCACGAAACCAGAUCAGCGCCACCUCACACGUGUCAAAAAUCUUAUCAUUGGCCAACGCGUUCUGAUCCGUCCUCGUUCAGAUACAAGAACUCAAAUCACACGAUCUUACACAAGUACUCACACCAGUCCUCCUACGAUGGACGAACUGGUCGACAGGGCGGUUCCCGAGGCCAUCGUUUACACUCACGAUCGCUUCAGUCUCCAGAAAUGGGUCAAGGUCAACGCUCGCCUCGAGUACACCGCCGACAUCAGUGCUGGGAAGUUCCAGACCCUGUUGAGAGAAACACCUCGCUUCAACUUCUGCAUCCACGUUGACGCCGAUGUCUUGGAAGCUGUUAUUCGUCGCGGUCCAAGCCUUAAUGAAACCAUCGCUACCGUCGACGGUGAUGAGAGACUGAAGGAAGGCUAUGUCAACCUCACCAGAGCCGACAAGAACUGGUCCUGGGACGAGUACGACACAGCGACAUUCAAUCGUCGGGAUGAAGGAUACGAAGAGGACCAGAACCCUCUGGAUGAGAAUGAAGAGGAGAUCGAAGGCUGCAAGCUAUAUGAUGCUGGAUGGAUGAGAGUCUCGACGGAAGGCCUGAUGCCUCGGACGUAUGGCAAUCUGAUCGACAUUGACUCCUAGGACUUCUACUACAUUCGACCAUCGGAUGGCGUCGCCCUCAUCAAGUGAACGGUUCUGUUAUCGGGUAGAAUUACCGUAACGCCAGAGCUCUCCCCUAGGCCUUUGUCUCGGAAAGACUAGAGACUGCUUGAUCAAGCCAUCGGGAACCCAGAGCUGCGCCUCUUGGCUUAUCCGUCAUUUGACCCUUCUGUCAGGAACAUCGCCGCCGUGAUACAGCUAAAGCCGUCUCAUGCAAUUAGACGCCAACACAGACAAUGUUCGCAUCGGUAUAGUUAUCAAGAUUCGCCUAGAGACCAGCAUCGCAAUAAGAACCAUUGAUCCACGUAUUCCGCUCAAGCAACUGCGGGACCUCGAUAUCAAAGUCAUUAGCGAGGUCUUUACAGAAG